AUGAGUAACUUCAGUGUUGUCAGGGAAUUUGUGCUCCUGGGAUUUUCACAUCUGCAUGAGUUCCAGAUCCUCCUGUUUGCUUUCAUCCUAUUGAUAUAUGUGCUGACAGUUCUGGGGAACCUGGCUAUUAUCACCCUCACAUGCCUUGACUCCCGCCUCCACUCACCCAUGUACUUCUUCCUCUGCAACUUCUCCCUCGUGGAAAUGCUGGUCACCUCCACUGUGGUUCCUAGGAUGCUGGCAGACCUGCUAUCCACUCACAAGACCAUGUCUCUGGCUGAAUGCCUGACCCAGUCCUUCUUUUACUUCUCCCUGGGCUCUACCACCUUCCUGAUCCUCACGGUCAUGGCCUUUGAUCGCUAUGCGGCCAUCUGCCGCCCUCUCCACUACCCAACCGUCAUGAAUGGUCCAGUCUGUGUGAAGCUGGUGGUGGUCUGCUGGGUGGUUGGGUUCCUCUCCAUCGUCUCCCCCACCCUGCAGAAAACCCAGCUCUGGUUCUGCGGCUCUAAUGUCAUUGACCACUACUUCUGUGACUCGGCCCCACUUCUCAAGCUUUCCUGCUCCGACACCCACCACAUUGAGCUCAUGGACUUCUUCCUGUCCUUGCUCUUUGUGCUGUCCACCAUGCUGCUCAUUGUGGUCUCCUACGUCCUCAUUGCGGCUGCAGUGCUACACAUCCCCUCCUCCUUCGGGCGCCAGAAGGCCUUCUCCACCUGCACCUCCCACCUCACGGUGGUGGUUCUGGGCUACGGCAGUGCCAUCUUCAUCUAUGUGAGGCCAGGCAAGGGCCACUCCACACAACUCAACAAGGUGGUGGCCCUGAUGACAGCGGUGGUGACCCCAUUCCUCAACCCUUUCAUCUUCACUUUCCGGAAUGAGAAGGUCAAAGAGGUCCUGAAGGAUGUGUCCACAAGGAUCCUCCUCAGCGACUCAGCUGCCUGCAGAUGAGAACAUGGG